AAGGGCCAAUGAUAGGCCAGUUGUAUAAAGCUCGUUGAUAUUGGAUUGAGAAUCCGUAGAUAUUAUUGAAUGUUGUUUUUCAACAACCGUUCUUGGGCGGCCGAAUAAAGCUUUCUAAUCUUAAAGAAUUAAAGUCACGUGCAACCGUGAAGCUUUCAAUUGUCUUUCGUGGAAGGAACGCGUCGACAACUUCUUUUUCCAAUAAGUUACUGACCAAUCGCCAAUUCCUUGAGAAAACCGUCGUGAUAAUUGAUGGUCAUGGAAAGAUGGGGCCUCAAGACCCGCCAGUCGGCACUCCAGGAGUUUGGGAGAUCCCUCCAUCAACUAUGGCCGCACAAUUAAUCAACAACCUCUCCACGAAAAAACCAUCGCGACAGGUCGACCAUGAUGAAUUACAAUUGCUCAUGACGGAAGUUUCCAAUCGGGAAAAUGAUCCUGCUGACUUUGCGGAUCCGGAUGCUAUGCUUGAGCACAAACAUAAGCUUCUAUAUGUCAUCUCAAAGGUAGUUUUGGAGAGACUCAACAAAGAUGAUCCUUUCAUGAAUGUCCAAAAUGUCAUUGAUCAGGCUUGUGAAGCAUUGGAUGUUUUUAUUUCGACUGUCAAAGAUGUUCCUAAUAUACUCAAUUAUGUAUCCACUCAGGAUCGACCACUCAAAACACGCGGCCGUGAACCUUUCUGGAUAUGGUUAUUUCCACGCGUUCUGUCAUGUCUAGGCCGUCGAGACUGCAAAAAGCUCAAUGAAAAGAUCGAGGUGUUUCUCUCUACCUCAUUUGAGGUCGUAGCAAGAUCUCCAAAGCUUUGGGGACUUGGUUCCGUCUUUUUCUCCUACCUCAAGGAUAGUGUAACUAGUAAGUAUACCUACAAACGUUCUUCACUUAACAAUUGCUUAUAUUUCCCAGGCAUUCUCAAUAUUCUUCACAACUUUAGCCUUGUUACGCAUGGAAGGCCAAUUGACUUUGUACUACCCUCUGAUCAAUUGAAAGUUUCAGCCUUUUCCUUCGAUACCGAAGAAGAUCUUGAUGAAUCAUCUCUCCUAUGCACAUAUAGACUGCGCGAUGCACCAGGCGCGAUUCAACAUGCUAUAUGCAUUUUGACAAUUUUAGUAAAGGUUUCGAUCCAAGCCGCGUCUUUUCAAGAUGCAACACCCGCUUUUCAAGACUACCUAGCAUGGAUGCUUGACUCGUUCCAUUCAACCUGGGAGUUGCAUAAGGUCUGGAUAUCUCCUGCCUUCUUCUUGCAAGAUAACGAAGUCCCAACGAUUGCGCUCUUUUGUGCACUCCACGCUCUACUGUCAUCCACCCAAACUUCGUUGUCAGAGUCUUUGCUUCGCAAGGGCUAUGCCUACCUUGCACUUAUUGGUGCAGAUCUCAUUAAAAACCCCUCAAAUAUUAUCAAUAAGGAUGUAAAUCUUGUAUUCUGCCAGGCCCUGUUGCAUUUGGCAAAUAUAUGUAGGGUGUAUGACUCGACCUGCAGAACCGUUCGUUCGUUCUUACUUCCAAAACUUUGCACUGUGAUCGCUGAUGAGGAGGCAAGCGUUAUAGUGGGAAAUGACUUCCAGGUUUGUGACAUUUCCAUGUUCCCGGCUUUGACUUACUCUAGCAUAGAAUGCUUCAGCUGUUUUGACUCGGGCUUGCCGUUCAUCAGAGAACACUGAUCGCGAGCUUGUUCCACUUCAUGUCCGUUUUGACACGGAUUCUCUCAAUGACGAUUUCAAUCUACUCGCGUUAAAGGAUACGGAAGCCCGAUCGGCUCAAUCAUCUCCACCUAGCAAACGUCGAAAAAUACAUUCCGAAGGUCUUUUGUAUGAAAUCACCGCCAAGCUAUAUUCUCUUUUCGGUGACCAAGAGAUAAUGGACAUGGAUGGUCUAAGCAAGCUGGCCGAGUUAGUAUGGAAGUCUAUAAUGCUUAUUUACUCUAACUUUCUUCUAGACAACGUUUCGCGGGCUUAAAAGAUCCUGAUCGGUGCAAAGUUAUUGAUUAUUUAUCUAUGAUACCAUGCGCGGCAUAUGGUUCAUUAACUGUUACAAGAGACAAGUUAGAAAACAUAGUGUCAUCCCAAUGUUUCGUGUGCGAAAAACUUCAACCGAAAACUACAGUAUUGGACGAUGAUCUGUGUCAGAAGACCGGCACUGAAGCAAUUCUAAUUCUCACUACGUUAAUUAAUUCGCCCGCCUUUCACGAUUCACGGCGGACAAGGGUCUUAGCAAUGGUAGCCGUCAAGGCGUUUGCUAUACAUUUUAGGGAUGAAGAGUUCUUCAAUCUGGAAACUUCUGCUAUUGGGCAGUGGUGUUUAAAAUCUCUGCAAAGUUCUAUGCGUGAACUGAGAAUCGCUGCGGGGUAUGUUGUUGCUCACCUGUUGUAAAUUAGACUUUUGCUAAAUGGUUCCAGUCGCACAUUACCUGGAUUUCUCCAGGGAUCGAAAGCUCCACAAGAUCUGGUUGUGAAGAACAGAACAAACGUACUGAUUAUCUUGCGAGAUCUGUGUGAAAAGCACACCCUCCACUUGCAAGAGACAUGUGUUCUUGCUUGGGGUCAACUUGCAAGGUCCGUAUGGCUCAAAACACACACGCACCGUUCUCAUGCUUACAAUGUUAGGGUUUUGACUGAUGGCGACCUGAAUAUUGUGCUGCUAAAGCUCGUAGAAUAUCUGGGACAUUCUAACCUAAUUGUGUCGAACGCAGCUUACAAUGAAGUAGGUCGAGCUGUAAUGUAACGACGGAGAAUACUAAAUUUUACUUAGAUACUGAAGUUAGCAAACCUUAAUGGUACUGUGGAAAAGCCCGUGGAACGGCUAUUUAGUCCGUUUUGGGAUAGUGUUGCGAUUGCUGCAGUGAAGGACUUGCUUAUCCGGCCACAAACUGCUCAGUUAAUGGCCGAUUUGUUAGAAAUCAACGUUCCGGAAUUCCUUAUUCUCACACAAGCAUACACAUUGCCAUGGCUAGUGCUGUGGCGUGAUGGGAAGACCAUUAAAAAAAUUGCUCAAGCUCGGAACGAGGAGAUUUGGCGAGUUUGUACGGAUAAACCUAAUGUUUCUCAUAUUAUGGCAUUGUUGCUUGUUCAGGAUGUUCGAGAUAUUGAAAGCCAAACAAUGUCCGUACUAAAUUUCGUCUCUCCGGACUUCGAGGAACGAGGACUUGAUUUUGAAUAUUUUCUGAAAAUGGAUCUACCAGGCACUUUCCUUCACCUUCUUAAGGUGGCCGGGCAUGCUGAUGAUAGUAAAAAGUCAAGGGUAGGUAAAUUCUGUAAAUUAUCCUUUGUUGGAUGCAAUGGAAGCUAACUUUCUUAGAUUCGGCUUGCUUUGCAAUUUCUUGUUGAAAAUGUUCAAAGCCCCGACCAAAGUCGAAAGAGAAACAAUCCAAUGGCGGCAUUUCUAGAACAUCACAAUCUUGGUCUUAUUAUUCGCAUAUCGGAGAUCAUUAAUGACAUCAGGGAUGAACAAUCUACUUUUGAGAAAAAGAGAAAUGUGAAAGCGAUUGAAGAGAUGGUUACGAUUGGUAAGACCUACAUGGGAGCAGCUCGGCCACAAGUAAGCAAAUCCCGCUCAAUUUUCAUGGUUCGUGGUAGCUCAUUACAUCUAGAUAUGUGCUUGCCUGCAGUCCGCCUUGGCUCAAAAAGACCUUCGAACAUCAGCCUUCUCAGCAUGGUCAGCUAUGCUUCGAUAUCUUGGCGAUGAAGACGUAGAGUGGAUGCUUGAAAGUACCUUCGUCACCAUCAUACAGUAUUGGAAUUCCUUUGACGACACUACGAAAAAAACGGCCGAGCAGAUUUUGCAGUAUCUCUUGGAAGAGAGAGCCCGUCUUAUUCGAAACAAAAUCGUCGACCUGCCAUCCCUUUCCGAUUUCCCGCAGCUCAGCGAUAUAGAACGCAGACUCAACAUCAUAAGAAGGCCUACAGAUGUCAGUAAUGCAUUCCAGAUAUUCAGUCGUAGAAUUCGACAUGAAAAUUCUGGAGUUGUCGCCCAAGCUUUAUCCGAGUUAAAGAGUCUGCUUCAUUCACAGCAGUCAUAUCUUCAGGCAUCAGCUGUGAGUGAACAGCCUGAUGUGGUUGUUGGUAAGCUUGUGCGUUCAAUAAUGGAUGCGUGUGUUAAGUUUAACGAGUCUCAUCAUGAAAUCGCUAAGCUAUCCGGAGAAUGUAUCGGCUUGAUAGGUUGUCUUGAUCCAAACAGAGUAGAAGCAGUAAGGGAACAGCGGGAGAUGGUGGUUAUCAUGAAUUUCCAUGAUGCUGGGGAGACUACCGAUUUUGUUCUAUUCACUUUGGAAGAGGUUAUCGUCAAGGCAUUUUUAUCUGCAACCGAUACAACCUUACAAGGUUUCUUAUCCUUUGUUAUGCAGGAGCUACUAUCUAAAAGUGGGUUUUCAGCAGUCUGCGCACCAACUCUGAUGGGUGGGAAGAAGGAUGUCAAUAAUCCCCUUUACAGGAAAUGGGAGUCUCUUCCGGAGAGUGUGCAGGCUACUCUUACGCCUUUUCUUACCUCAAGGUUCCAAGUGUUGAAAAUGGAAGUUCAAACUACUACGUACCCCAUAUUUCGACCCGACAAUACUCAACCUGACAGAAUAAAUAAGUAUAAUAAUUGGCUAAGAACUUUCGUUCUUGAUCUUUUACAGAAACCGAAAAAUCACAAUACAGAGUUGAUAUUUACUCCACUGUCUCGAGCCAUCCGAAUCAAGGAUCUUUCUGUAGCAAGUUUUCUGCUGCCAUAUCUCAUUCUCCAUAUAGUAGCUGAAGGAACAGACGAAGAGAGAGAUACUAUUGGUGCAGAGUUGCUUGGCGUUUUAGAAUAUGAGCCGCCUUCGACGUCCCAUAUCAAGCAAGAAGAAUUAAAGUUGUGUAGUGAGGUAGGUGCCACAGUUAUCUUGAAAUAAUUUCUAUUUCUGACAUCGUAUAAACAGGCAGUCUUUAGAGUACUUGAUUACCUUUCCCGCUGGAUACAAGCGAAGCAAAUUGCAAUUGUUCGGGACGCACGAGCUGGUGGCGUAACCACCGACGGUAUAGAGCAAAUUGAAAGAGUCACUAGGCUUAUCGAAAGUAUUCCGGCUGAAAUCGUUUCUGCUCGAGCUAUACAAUGUAAAUCAUAUUCUAGAGCUUUAUUUAAUUGGGAGCAGCAUAUUCGACAUGUUCGAGCGACCAAGAAGAAGGAUGCUUCAAGAGAAAUCGCAGACUUAGAGAGACUGCAAGAGAUAUAUACCCAAAUCGACGAGCCAGAUGGUAUCGAGGGAAUUUCGGCUCACUUACAUGUGUUAGAUAUUGAUCAGAUAGUCCUUGGGCAUCGUAAGGCGGGACGCUGGACAGCAGCACAGGGUUGGUAUGAGAUUAAACUUGCAGAAGAUCCUGAAGAUGUCGACGUUCAACUCAAUCUCCUUAACUGCUUAAAGGAAUCCGGGCAACAUGGUCAGUCUCAUAAAGUGUGCAGUUCUCAACUGAUACUAACUAAUCCUAGACGUCUUACUUAAUUAUGUCGAAGGUAUGCAAACUGCCACCAAGACAAUAGAAAAACUGUUGCCUUUUGCCGCAGAGGCUUCGUGGGCGACAGGUCGGUGGGCUGCCUUGGAAAAGUAUACAUCGAUAGCUGGUCGUAAUGUAGAGGAAGAUUUUAAUGUCAGCAUUGGAAAAGCACUACUUGCUUUACAUCAGAAGGAGUCCACGCGGUUUGUUUCAACUAUCCAGGAACUUAGAGAGCAAAUUACUUGCUCUUUGUCAACGGCUACCACUUCAUCAAUUGGAUCUUGCCACGAUACUAUGUUGAAGCUUCAUGUACUCACCGAGUUGGAAAUGAUCACUGGUUUUGAUCGCACUGAGCCGUCACCGAGGGAAGAGCUCCUCGAGUCGCUUGACCGGAGGCUCGAAACAAUUGGUGGUUAUUGGAAUGACAAACAAUAUUUAUUGGGGAUAAGACGAGCCGCCAUGCAAUUGUCCAGGUAAGCUAUAAUUCAUCUUAUGAAGUUUUGAUACCUCUAAAUUAGCACUUCUAACUUUCCGCGCAGCCUUGAAUUUACAAAGGGUGAUCUCGCUUCUGCCUGGUUGACUAGUGCACGCCUCGCUAGAAAAGGAAAUGCAAUACAUCAAUCUUUCAACGCUGUACUCCACGCCUCACAGCUCGGGGACGAGUCAGCAAAGAUUGAGCAUGCACGACUUUUAUGGAAGGAAGAACAGCAUCGAAAAGCGAUUCAAAGUCUUCAAGGUGCAAUCGAUAGUAAUGCUUUCAUAUCUCACAAUGAAAUUAAUAAGGCAUCUAUGGCAAGUGCUGAUGAUAUGUACCGAAAACAGCAUCAAAAUCUCCUUGAGGCAAGAGCUCAUCUUCUGCUCGCAAAGUGGCUUGACCGUGCUGGUCAAACAAAUUCAUCUGCCCUACGAGCCCAAUAUCAACUCGCUGCAAAGACACAUAACGCAUGGGAGAAAGGUCACUACUACUUGGGACGCCACUACAAUAAGCUGUUGGAAUCAGCCAGUAAUUUACCAUUGGAGAGGCAAGAUGAUAAUUAUCUUUCCGGAGAAACCGCGUCACUAGUCAUUUCGAAUUACCUCCGAUCCUUGGGCCAUGGUACCAAAUAUGUUUACCAAACUCUGCCUCGUAUCCUGACACUUUGGUUAGACCUUGGUACUCAACUAAGUCAAAAGAUCGAUCCGAGGCGUCAUUCUCAAGAGUUUGUCAGCAAGAUGACUCAGCUCCGAACGAAGACGUUAAGCGACCUUCAUGUACGGUUCAAGAAAUACAUUUCCAAAAUGCCGGCCUAUAUAUUCUAUACUGCUCUGCCACAGAUUGUAUCAAGAAUUACUCAUCCACACAAAGAGGUCAAUCAAUUCCUUCAGUUGAUUAUGUUAAAAGUUGUGUCCGCUCAUCCCCAACAAUCACUCUGGAGUUUGUUAGCUGUAAGUACUUCAAAGCAGAUAGAUCGUCGAAAUAAAGGGACCGAGCUACUCAAUAAGUUGGAAAAAGUAUCAGGAAGGAACGAUAAUAGUACUAUAGAUAUCAAGGCACUGAUUAGAAGCGGACAAGCUCUUACCAAUGAGAUACUGAAGAUUUGCGAAGUUGGAGAUUUUCAAGGAUCAAAGGUGUCUAGACCGAGUCUAACCAAGGAUCUACAAUUCAAUCAUAAGGUCGUGCCAUGUUUACUUGCUUGCCCAGUUGAGGCUGCAUUGACAGCAACCUUGCCAACGCUCACUGACAAAGUAUCAACACAUAAAGCCUUUUCUCGCGAUGUCAUCACCAUCAAUUCUUUUGAAGAUGACGUUUUGGUUCUGAAUUCCUUGGCAAGACCUCGACGAUUAAAUGCUUUGGCUUCAAAUGGACAACACUAUGGUCUGCUUUGCAAACCAAAAGAUGACCUCCGAAUGGAUCAACGUCUGAUGGAGUUUAAUGGUAUGAUGAAUAGAGCUUUGAAGCGCGAUGCCGAAUCAAGUAGACGUCAAUUGUACGUUAAAACAUAUGCCGUCACCCCUCUGAACGAGGAAUGCGGUAUCAUAGAAUGGAUAGAAGGACUUCAAACACUACGUCAAAUACUUUUGAGUCUAUAUCUACCUACCGGUAAAAGAAUUAAUUAUCCGGAGCUCGAUGCAUAUUGUGAACAAGCAAUGAAAGGCGACAAACAACUCCCAUUUUUCACCGAGAAGGUUCUCGGUGAAUUUCCUCCUGUCUUUCACAAAUGGUUUGUGAAGCAAUUUCCAGAGCCCUCCGCUUGGUUCGCUGCUAGACUUCGCUAUACUCGUUCCUGUGCCGUUAUGUCCAUGGUGGGCACCAUUCUAGGACUAGGGGAUCGUCACACGGAAAAUAUACUCUUCGAAGAAGGAAACGGAGGAACCUUUCACGUGGAUUUCAACUGUCUCUUCGAGAAAGGCAAAACAUUCACCAAACCCGAAAAAGUCCCCUUCCGUCUAACUCACAACAUGGUUGAUGCAAUGGGUAUGUACGGCUACGAAGGCCCCUUUCGCAAAUCCUCCGAACUCACCAUCAAACUCCUACGUCAACAUGAAGAAACCCUCAUGACGAUCCUCGAAGCUUUUAUCUAUGAUCCGACGCUCGAUCUUAUGAAGAAAGCAGAUAAGAAGAAGAGGGAUACUGCUAAUGAUGGUAUGCUUAGUGCGCAUAAGGUCUUGGAUCUUAUUCGGAGGAAGGUGAAGGGUUUGUUGCCCGGGGAAAGUGUACCGCUUAGUGUGGAGGGCUAUGUUGAUGAGUUGAUUAAACAGGCGACGGAUCCGAGAAAUUUGACGGCUAUGUAUAUUGGGUGGUGUUCGUUUUUUUGAGGUGGGAGGGCUGUGGAGGGGUAAAGGAAAGGGACGUGUGGUAUUUGUAUUUGUAUUUAUUAUUUGGUGGGGAGGUAUAAGUUAUUUUCUUUUUUUUCUUGGAAGGAUUCAUGUAUAACAGACACUUAAAUCAUUUCACAUUGUUGGGGGAUAUUAGAGUAGCAAAGUUUGAGUAUCUGAGUUAUAUUGUGU